UUGUGCUGGAGACAAGUUUAGUGUUAAAUGAACACCAAAGCUUUAUUCACAAAUUGGUGAAUCACAAAACAUCAACGAAUUGUUAAACUACUACUUCAUAAACAUCAGAUUUUUAUAAGCAUCCCUUAGAAUGUUUAUUGAUGCAGUACAAUUAAUAGCAUUGAGGGCUAUGCUGAUGUGUUAAAUGAUUAGCUUCACUUUCAUGCAUUUAGCUUUAUAUAAGCAAAAGCGAAACCUCUGAUGAAAUUUCAGCUAACAUCGGCUCAUCUAUGAAUUUAGACAUUUAUUUUACAUUUUCAGUAUCAGUAUCAAAUUCAAUAUCUUUGUUUAAAGUCCCUCUAGCCAAAAACUGGACUCACACAACGAUGUCAAAUUUUAGAAAAUCCAUUUUAAAUUCAUGACCGUCGGGAUUUAAAUUGGGUUGCUCUGAUAUCAUGUUAAAAUCCUUUUAACCGUUACACCAAAAUUUUGAGAAUUAUAUUUUUAUAUUCUGACAAUCUUAAUAUUCACUUCUGAUCAUGAUUCAUGGAACAUGGCAUUUAGAGGAUAGACAAUGGGUCAAUUGCUUUGUUGUGUCCAAGUGGAUCAAUCUACAGUAGCAAUCAAGGAACAAUUUGGGAAAUUUGAUGAAGUUCUUCAGCCAGGAUGCCAUUGUCUUCCUUGGUUUAUUGGUAAGCGAGUAAUCGGGCAUCUAACUCUUCGAGUGCAACAGCUAGAUGUACGUUGUGAGACGAAAACAAAGGACAAUGUUUUUGUUAAUGUUGUCGCAUCCAUUCAAUACCGAGCUCUGGCUGAUAAGGCAAAUGAUGCAUACUAUAAGCUGAGCAACACAAGGGCUCAGAUUCAAGCCUAUGUGUUUGAUGUGAUCAGAGCAAGCGUUCCAAAGCUGAACCUGGAUGAUACAUUUGAACAGAAGAAUGAUAUUGCUAAAGCUGUCGAAGGGGAGCUCGAGAAGGCUAUGUCUGCUUAUGGAUAUGAAAUAGUGCAGACCCUCAUUGUUGACAUCGAGCCAGAUGAGCGUGUCAAGAGGGCAAUGAACGAAAUCAACGCAGCUGCAAGGCUAAGGGUAGCUGCAAAUGAGAAGGCAGAAGCCGAGAAGAUCAUGCAGAUAAAACGAGCAGAAGGUGAGGCUGAAUCCAAGUAUCUGUCAGGUCUAGGAAUCGCUCGUCAGCGCCGAGCGAUCGUAGAUGGACUAAGAGAGAGCGUGCUAGGAUUCUCCGGCAAUGUUCCCGGGACUACAGCUAAAGAUGUGAUGGACAUGGUUUUGGUCACGCAAUAUUUCGAUACUAUGAAAGAGAUUGGUGCAGCCUCGAAAUCCUCUGCUCUGUUUAUUCCCCAUGGCCCUGGAGCUGUGAGGGAUGUUGUAACGCAGAUUCGUGAUGGACUGCUUCAAGCAUCCACUGCUCAUUAGUGAUUCUCCAAAUCGUUUGAAGUUUGUUGUUAUGUGCGCAUUGAGGUCUGGUGGUGUUUUACCAGGAGUUGCGUGCAUAUUGAAGUAGGUGUAUAUAUUGGUUUUAUGUUGAAUAAUGUGCGCAAGUUGAUGCGUGAAUGCAAGCAGUACUUGUGAUUGUUU